GAGAAAAAAAAAUGGUUAAAGAAGACGAAGGAAAGCAAGAAAGGAUGGAAUGCGAGGAGGAGGAAGAAGAAAUGGUGGAGGAUAACUAUGACUUUAAGUUGGUGGUCGAAGAGCAUGACGGCAAGGAGGAGCAGCCAUUAUUGGCGUCGUCAUCGUUAACAAGAACAACUACAAAAAGCGUUGGGGAGGAAGGGGAAGGGGAAGGGGAUGAAAAUAAUAUUAAUAAAAAUGUUCUAAGUGCAAAGGUAGAGGAAGGCGAAGGGUUAGGGGAGGAAGAAGAAAAAGCCCAAAAAAUUUUUUUAAACUCUACUAAAAUUGCCACAUCAUUAAUAAAAUUGUCUGAAAAGGAAGGGAAAGAAGAAGAAGAAAAUUUAUUAAUGAAUAAACAACAAAUUGAUUUAAAUAUUAAACAAGAAGUGGAAAUGUCGGGGCAGGGAGGGAAUUGUAGUGGUGGAAAUAAUAGUGGAACAAUGUCUGCUUCAGGUUCCCAGCAACAGCAAAACGUCAACACCAAUCAAUUACCUCAAUAUCAAGUAAAUACGCAAAACUUGCCGGCUGGGACAGCUGCUUCCCAAGGAUCACGUUAUCAACAAUUAGUUGCUAUGAUUGAUGAACUUGGAAAAGAUAUUCGCCCAACCUACAAUGGAAAUCGUAACUGUCAGGAACGUUUAAAACGUGGAAUUGUUCAAGCCCGUUUAAUGGUCCGGGAGUGUAUGGCCGAACUGGAGAAGAGUCGUCACCAGCAAAAUGCGACGAAUGUUGGGGUUACUGGAAGUCAAUGAAAAAUAUUUGAAAUAAUUUUGAAAGAAUUUGGAAGGGAUUUAAAAUUUUAAUUUUGGAUGUGAGGAGGUUUAUAUUUUUUUGACUUUGUAAGAGGUUGGGCUUAUAAGAGGCAGUUUUAUUGACGUUCGACCCUCCUUCCCCCUCAUACUUCACAUUAAUAUUGGG